UAUUAUCUUCCCUCUAGAUGAGAAGGUGGACAACGAUAAUGGAGAAGAUAACUCUAACGAUGAGGAUACCGACAAACAGCCGACACAACGCACAGGAAGAAGAAGAAAAGAGACGAGUGUUCGGUGAAGCCUACCAAGCGGCUAUUUGGAACACGGUCGAUCAGUUCCUUCGGCGCCUUCACACCGUGGACGAAAAAUACUCGACAAUAGCGCCAAAAUAUCAGCAGCACAAUGUCAGAGGGUUGCACGAGUUGCAGAGGCGCGAAUUAUACGAAUGGUACUUUGCAGUUAGGCACGACUGCUGGUGGCAAUAUCGGAAGUUCGUCGUCUACAUCUGGAGUGACCUGUACAACCACAAGGAGAGUUCAGAUUCGCGCAAAAGUGUUAUAUGGCACAGGCAAAGCAAUAGCGAACUUGCAAGCGCAGGAGAAAGCGGCCAGACACUGACGAAGUAA